GUUAGCCAAUGGGAGUAGCGUAUCCGAAGCGCUCGACAAAACAUUUCGGUUCAAAAUUCAAACGGUCAUUGACAGUGGAUGUCGACGCGCCCUUGUGUAUAAGCUGAUCAUGUCUCGUUUACCAGUCAUGUCGACUAAAAGGGUUCUCACGAGCCGCACCUCUGAUAAUUCACAGGACUGGGCUCCUGCUCAGAAAAGGAUGCGUAAUGACCCGGAGCAAAGACAACAGACAGCUGUAACUGUGAUUGGAAACAAACGGCCUCCAGUUGCAGCAACCAGAGCGCCUCUUUACAAACCAGUCAGAGGUUCUGGAGCUGCCACAGUUGCAGCUGGUCCUUCUAGAGCUGUCCUGAAACAGCCCGCAGCGUCGACUGCUCCUAAAGCUGCCGCCUUCAAACAACCUGCUGGUGCAAAACCUGGUGGGACCGGAGCUCCCCGGCGCCAGCCGUGGGACCUGAAGGGGAAGGUCAGCGACAUGGAGGGAAAGGUCCGUAAYUACCAGACCAAAGUUAAGUCUGUGAACGAGGAGAACGAGGCGCUCAGAGAGUCGGUGGUUCAAAGCCAAUCCAAGAUGGCCGAACUGGAGAAGGAAGUUAAAACCCAGAGAAACAAAAUCAGUGAGUACGAAGCAGAGCUCGUGGCUUUAUCUGGAGUUCGGAACGAGUUGGAGAAAGUGACGAACGAGAAAAGCCUCCUGCAGRUGAAGCUCUCUAAUCUGGAGGAGAGCUACAAAGUGAUGGAGAGUCUCCGAAACAGCCAGGAGACUGAACUGCAAGCCCUGAAAAUAAAGUUAUCGGUCCAGGACUCAACCAUUAACCGUCUUCAGACCAGCUUGGAGCAAACACAGGAGGAGGUUUGUGCUUUGAAUGAAACKGUGUCUGAGCAGAAGGAGAAGCUGCACCAUGGAGAGAUGGAGCGCAGACUUCUGCAUAAUACUGUCCAGGAGCUGAAGGGAAACAUCAGGGUGUUUUGCAGAGUGCGCCCACAGAAAGAUGGAGGACUUGGACGUCACCUCCAGUUGGCAGCAAGUGACAAUAAAUCCAUAAUGCUGGCUAAAACCGAGGAGUCUCACACAGGAAAAACUGCAGACACAGUUAAGAACUACCACUUCAGUUUUGACCGUGUGUUUGGACACCAGGCGUCACAGCAGGAGAUUUUCGAAGAGAUCUCCCUGCUCGUUCAGUCGGCCCUGGACGGCUAUAAUGUUUGUUGUUUCGCAUACGGUCAGACGGGGAGUGGUAAAACGUACACGAUGGAGGGGGAGGAGGUGGACGACUGCAGGGGAGUCAUCCCCAGAGCCGUCCAGCAGCUGUUCAGAGCGGGGGAGAAGCUGAAGUCUCAGGGCUGGGAGUUCAGCUUCACGACUAGCUUCGUUGAAAUUUACAACGAAACCCUGCGAGACCUCCUCUACACCGGUAAGCCCAGCAAGAGGCCAGAGCAUGAGAUCAGGAAGACCUCGACCAACGAGGUGACGGUCACUAACCUCACCUAUAAGAAGGUUUACACCGAGGACCAGGUUUUCGAUCUCAUCGCUGUGGCCAAGCAGAACCGAGCCACCGCUCAGACGGCCCAGAACGACCGCUCGUCUCGCUCCCACUCUGUGUUCCAGCUGCAGAUCGAGGGAGCGAACGCUGGGCGGGGCAUCAAAUGCAAGUCCAUUCUGUGCCUGGUUGACCUGGCAGGCAGCGAAAGGAUGGUAAAGAGCCAGUCUCAGGGUGAACGCUUCAARGAGAUGACCUCCAUCAACAGCUCCCUCUCCACCCUCGGCAUCGUCAUCGCUGCUCUGGCUAACAAGGAGAGCCACGUUCCUUACAGGAACUCAAAACUGACAUAUCUCCUGCAAGAAUGUUUAGGAGGAAAUAGCAAAACCCUCAUGUUUGUGAACAUUUCUCCAGAGUCAGACAGCUUCGGAGAAACUUUAAACUCUCUCAGGUUUGCCAGUAAGGUGAAUGACUGUGUGAUCGGCACGGCCAGCUCCAACAGGAAGUGAAGAACUCAGACCAAUGUUUUUUAUUUUUAUUUUCUUUUAACAUGUAUAUGUGUUUCAACAAUGCAAACAUUAGUUGUAUAAUCUGGUACAUGCUUAUGCCAGAUUUUUAAGCCAGGUUUUUAUUUUUACUGGUAUUUAAA